CACAGCCAACAACUCUCAUGUUCACCUAAGCGAUGAGAUCUACAAGGUACUCCACCACUCGACAAAAAGCUUGCCAGCCCUGUGCAAUUGCUAAAGCAAAAUGCGACCGGAAGCCUGAGUCGUGUACUCGAUGUUCUAACCGAGGCUUAUCCUGUGUCUAUGCACAACCACCCGGACUUCACUCUGACCCCGACGCGAGUGAGGAGCCUGGAAUUUCAACUAUCUUUAGCUCGCCGAAUCCAGCAUUUAGCAACAAUUAUUAUUCCGAUACCGAAAUCCCAUCAGACUACAACAGGUUCCAAUUCUUCAACCUUGAUCUUGUGUGCAAUAUCAACGCCGACGACAUAUCCAACAGAUGGCUCAACACGUAUGUUCCUAUCCCUGGUCAAGCGACCAAGAACUACAACCCGAAUAUUUCAGCUUUUAUCCAUCGAACGUUGAAGUCUUACGCAGACUCAGCAGUACGAGGCCACAAAGUCCCACCUUUCAUUCACCCUGCCCAGAUCACCACGUCGAUAAGCCAGCCUCUCUCAACGUGUCUGUCAGUCAUACGAAUAUGUCAAAAGCCGCUGACAGGGGGUGAGGAGGUUGCUAUUGAGCUACUUCAACGGGAAAUGACAAAGAUUUACGAACGACAGGCAAUCUACGAUGAUGUAACCUCACUUGCGGCAUUCCAAGCAUAUCUCAUUUAUGCAAUGGUGCUGUUCUUUCGGCUCGGAGACGGUACAAAAGCUUUUCUUCGUCAGGCCCUGAUGAACCUUCAGGAGAUUGCCUGCUCGACAUGCCGACUUGGCCUGACAUGCUUGGCCGAACAGCAAGGCACUCGACCGAAAUGGGAAGCUUGGAUAUUAGCGGAAGCGAAGCGUCGGACUUUAUUUGCCAUGUAUCUCUUUGACAGCGCUCUCUCGAGGCAUGACGGCCUUCCAACAUUCCUCGGCACUGAAUUACAGGGGCUACUGGCACCUGGGAUGAAGAGAUUAUGGGGUGCGCCAAGUCGGCGAGACUGGGAGAUCAAGUACAAUGCCCAUUUAGCGGACUGGUCGGAUGGGUUCCUCCAUAUUGAGGAACUUUGGCCAAUGCCGAGUGACUGGGAAGAAGAACGGAUUGUGAAUCGUCGGAGACGGGUUGAUUUGUGGCUUGAGGACCUGGAUGAAUAUGGUACGAUGAUGUAUGCAGUUACAAGUUGUAAGCAUGAGCAAUCCGGCUGCCCCUCGCCAACACCUGCUGAACAGCAUGAACUGUACACCAUUUUUGACAAGUGGCAGAAAACGAUAAUUGUCUUUAUUGUGUCCACUGCAGCUACUUUCUCUGGCUUCGCAUCAAAUAUCUACUUUCCCGCUCUUCCCACCAUCGCCCACGACCUCAACAUGUCUGUCGAGCUCGUUAACCUCACGGUUACGACAUAUCUCAUAUUUCAAGCCCUCGCUCCAAGUCUCUGGGGGCCAAUUUCAGACGUGAAAGGACGGCGCAUAGCAUAUUCUCUCACCUUUCUGGUGUUCCUCGGGGCAUGCAUUGGGUUGGCCGAGGCCAAGAGCUACACCACGUUAAUCGUGCUACGAUGCCUUCAGAGUACUGGAAGUGCGAGCACGAUAGCAAUCGGAACCGGAGUCAUCAGUGACAUUACUACUCGUGACGACCGAGGAGGAUACAUGGGUAUCUUCCAAGCGGGACUUCUUGCACCUGUCGCUAUUGGGCCAGUUAUUGGGGGCGCCUUGGCCGGAUCUCUGGGAUGGAGAAGCAUUUUCUGGUUCCUGACUAUCUACGGUGGUGUCUUUUUGGUGUUGCUAAUCCUACUCCUACCAGAAACACUGAGGUCCAUUGUCGCUAACGGGGCGACAGUCCCGUCAAGCGCCAUGGCAAGAUACCCUCUCGUCUUGUAUCAACGAACCACGAAGCUGAAAUGGACAUCCGAAACACCAACGUCUCGGCCUGGCGCUCGAAAGCACAUCCACUUGGCGGGACCAUUCCGCAUACUCACAAGCAAACUCGCCGCCCCGGUCAUGGUCUUUCUUGCGGUUUACUAUGCCGUGUGGCAAAUGAGUAUUACAGCCAUGUCGAGUCUAUUUAAGAGCAACUAUGGACUCUCGGAUAGAGAGAUUGGCUUAACAUUCUUGGGCAACGGCGCGGGAUCGAUUAUCGGGACGCUGGUAACAGGAAAAAUUCUCGAUGUCGACUACCGUCGUGUCAAAGCAAAAUUCGAAAGCCGGACAGACCCUGGAGAUGGAGACUCCUCAGCCAAUCUCGAUUUCCCUCUCGAGCGCGCACGUCUUCGUCUCGCUCCGGUCUUGUCUCUCCUUCAGUGCAUCUCCAUUGCCGUCUUUGGCUGGACGAUUCAAUACCCUCACCGCGUGCAUAUCGCCGUGCCCAUCAUAUCAACGUUCAUCACAGGCUGGGCUGCGAUUUCCACGCAGUCUCUCGUCAUGACUUACCUUAUCGACCUGUUCCCCAGUCAAAGCGCAGCCGCCAGCGCAAGUCUCAACCUGGCAAGAUGCCUUUUUGCUGCUGGUAGUACCAGCUUCAUCAUGCCGAUGGUGAACAACAUUGGUGUAGGGUGGGCGUUUACUACCUGCGUUGGCGCUCAGGUUGUGGCCUUGGUUGGUGUUUUUGUACAGUUCAAGUAUGCCAGUCAUUGGAGAACCACAGACUGUGGAAUGGAUACGGAAUAA